UUAACUUGAACACGGAACAAUCAAUCAAAACUCUGCUCUAUUAGGAGAGCUAGCCUCGCUUGGACUGGACAUCAACCAGGGGGAGCGAGGACAUCAUUCUUUUCGUACGGUGUUAUAUCGAGAUGGACUGCAUGAAGCUGGCCAGAGCAAAGACUUGCAAGUUGCAUGUCGCGGGAUUGUACCGACUGGUGAGAUUGGUGCGGUUCAAUCGCGCACCGGUGCGAUCGGGGACCGUACCUGACACUGACAGCCUAGGUGUAAUUCAUAUGGUAGCCUGA